AUGGAGGUUCCCUCGAACUUGUAUGCCCCGAUUGAAGAAGUUGAAGAAGAUGUGCAAGUAUUAUUCGCCGUUCAUAAGAAGAAGAAUGCGGAUUUGGGAAUGUUUGACUCCAGAUUAGACAGAGUGAACUUAGAGCUUGACGAGCACAAGAUUCAAAUCAAGCAAAAUCGUCAAUCGUUGCACCAACUCCCGGGAUCUACAGGAUCUGUAGUUUGGAAAACGUCUAUUAGCGUUAUUCCUUGGUUGAUGAAACAAAGUUGGUUUGCAAAUACACUUUCCUCUGACGUUUCUGUUAUAGAGCUUGGAUCUGGUAUAAGCGGGAUUGGAGGAAUCCUUUUGGGCCCUCGAGUUGGUAAAUAUAUUGCCACGGAUCAGAUUGACUAUUUGAAGGAACUCCGUGAAAAUUUAGAUCAAAAUGGAGCUAAUAUGGUGGAGGUAUCUGAUUUGGAUUGGACCAACCCUCCUUCUGAAAAGGAAUGGAAAGAUGCUUCUUUAGACAUAUUGUGCUUGUUUGAUUGCAUAUAUAACCCGAAUUUAAAUACACACCUCGUAUCUACGAUGGCCUCUUUUGCACAAUUAUUUCCUGACCUUACUUGUCUUGUAGGUCAAGAGUUGAGAGAUCCUGAAACACUCACAGACUUUUUACUGAAAAUACAGCCAUAUUAUCAGGUUUUUCUGUUCAAUUAUGAACAGGAGGGCUUUCCAGAGAAUAUGGCGCUUUUCUUGCUGAAACCCUACAACCACAAAGCUUUGAUGUAUGCUGCUUUAAAAGAAGCCAGGAAAUGCGAGCCUACCGAUUCGGCUUUUUGUAUUGGAUCUGUUCUUGUUCUACAUGGUGAAAUAGUAUCAACAGGACAUUCACGUGAGUUACCAGGCAAUACACAUGCUGAAGAAUGCGCUAUAAUGAAAUAUUUAUCGCAACAACCUCACGGAUCUUCCUUGAAAGGUACAAUGAUUUACAGUACUAUGGAACCCUGUAGUAAGCGUCUAUCAGGGAAAAAAUCUUGUACCGAUUUAAUCAUAAGUCAAAACAUAUCGACAGUUGUACUUGGAUCCAGAGAACCAGAUACGUUCGUGAAAUGUGAGGGAGUCGAUUUGUUAAAGAAUUCAGGAGUAAAUAUAAUUGAAGAGCUUUCAUUCCAAGACGAAUGCCUCAAGGAAGCUGUUCGAGGUCAUCAUGGUAAAUAG